AUGGGCUCAGCAGCAAGCAAAGUAGAUGAGCCAACAAUAGAUGAAGCAACUAAGACUGCCCUGGAGGAUAGCAAAAACCUUCCCAGCUAUCUGGUGGUCAUGUACGAGUCGGAAAUGAACAAGCUCCCGCCAUACUCCGUGACAGCUCCGUAUCACCCUAAGGUGGAUAAAAACGACCCCAGAACAUUUUAUCCUGACCAAUACAUCAUCGAGCCAACUGACGACAUGCAUCGCAGAGUGGUGUUUGUCUACGACUUCGAGGAACGGUGCAUUAACCACAAGACUUACUGUGUGAAACCAACAUUAUCCAGAAACAUAAACACGCAUUUCAUUCGGAGGCAUGGAUACGAGGUUUACUUCGAGGAAAGAUGCAGGCUCUGUGAGAAGCAGAUCUUGACGUCUUCGGAAGAUCGUCGAAAGGCAAGGGAAGCUACGGAGAAGUUUAAGGGGGUUCAUAAAGCAAAUAAGAAGAAGAAACGAACACCAAAUAUCACAUCUCGACAUCCCACGGAGGAGGAUCGCGUAGGGCUUCUUGAAUAA